CUGUACAAAAAUAACACUCGGGAUAUGUUUUUUGAUGUGUGACAUUAAGAUAACAGAAAAAGCUUUAAAAUGUUGACUUCAUAAAAUUUAUAGUUCUUUAACAAAGGUAAUAGUUCUCUAACAAAAAUGUGUUUUCAAAUCUGCUUACUUAAUGGCAGUUUUUCUCAUUUCAUUUUUAGGUUUAAAAACAUUGAAUGGAAUCAAUUUGCAUUUGAAAAUUGGACCGACACAAAGACUCGAUACUGUGGAAUAAGCAAGCAAGCAGGCAAUGACAUCUAACAAACCACAAAAGCUCUUGUGUUAUAAUGGCGAAGUCCUUGCUUUUCAGUUGUCUAAAGGAAACUUUGCAGAUAAAGGGCCUGCAGAAAUACCCAUAUUGCAUGUCAGAAGAAUGGUAUUUGACAGAGAAACAAGUGCAUUUGUUCAGAAGUCCACCGGAUCCUUUAGCAUAAAGGAAGAAAACUCUUAUUUAAAAAUUAUAUGUUGCAGCUGUGUGUCAGAUUUCAGAACUGGAAUAAACCUCCCUUAUAUUAUGAUACAAAGCAACGAAAAGAAGAAUGUUUUCAAAUAUUUUCUACUAUUGCUUCACAAUACCAAUAAAUUUGAAAAGCGUUUGAGUUUUAGACUUGGCCAUGAGUUGAAGGAUGGCCUAAGGGUCUUUAAUGGCCCUUUAAUUAUAUGGAAACAUGUUAAGUCAUUCUUCUAUAUUUCUCCCCAAACUGGCAAAGUUAUUACUGUGUCUGUUAACUUUUCCUCUAUUGAGUGGGCAGGGGAGAUUGAAAAUCUAGGUAUGGUUUUAUUAGGACAAAAGAAAUAUUAUUUAUCUGAGGAAGAAGGUGCCCCAAAGCCUUCAAAAUCAGAUUAUGCAGUUUGGAACAGCAGAUUUUGUGUGUACUUCCUUGAAAGGGAAGAAGUCGUAAGUGAUACAUACAUUAUCCCUCCCGCUUAUAGCAGUGUGAUAACUUGUGUGCAUGUCUGUGCAACUGAGUUUGUCAAUAACGAGCUAAGAAUGUCCCUGAUUGCCCUUACUCGAAAGAAUCAGCUGAUUUCAUUCCAAAAUGGGACUCCUAAAAGCGUGUGCCAGCUUCCCUUCGAAGAUCCUUGUGCAGUUCAAGUUAUGGAUUCAGGAGGAGACCGCCUUUUCAUUGUGUCGUUUAGGUCCAGCGCUUGUGCCGUUUGGGAAAAGAACUUUCAGGUUGCUGCUAAGUGGGAAGAAAUUAGCUCGGUGCUCAUAGAUGACUUUAUUGGAACUGGAACAGAGCAAGUACUACUGCUUUUAAAGGACUCUUUAACUUCAGAUUGCUUGAGUUCAUUUCAAAUAACGGAUCUUGACAGCAUAAACUAUUCAAGUCGAACAUUGGAUUGCAAUGAAGAUGACUUAUUUGAAGGCGAACAAGAUAAUCGUUAUUUGGUGAUUCCAGCUCUAGAAAGAAGAGUGAAAGUUGGUUUGGCUUCUAUUCAGGAAGUACAGCAGCAUCUUUUGCUUAAGGAAAAAGUUAUUUUAAAAUCUUACAAAGCUUUAAUGAACCUGCUUCAAGGAAAAGAAGAUACUACAUCAAUUGCAGAGGAGAAAUGUCUUGUUACUCUUUGUGGUGGAGAAGAAAAUCCUGUUCAUACUUGUGAUGAAAGCUUAUCAGGCAGUUCUGAAGAUUCAGAACAGCUAGUAGAGAAGAUAUGGUAUCGUGUAAUAGACGACAACUUGGUUGUUGGAGUGAAAACCACAUCUCUGAACCUGUCUCCGAAGCAGGUGACUCUAUCGUUGUUAAUGGAUGAACCCCGCAGCUGUAGCUUUCGGCCUAUUAAGUGUCAAAAUAGGGUGAUCCGGUUGAGUAGGGGCUCUUUUCCCGCACCCUGCUCAGUGCCCUGUGCAGUGGGAUCAGAGGCAAAAAGGAUCAAGUUGGCUGGUGGUGAGGAAGAAGAGGAAGAGGAGAGCUUUGUUUGUGGACAGCCGCCUGAGGAAGAGCGCGUCCAGGUGAUCGCUGCUGUGACAUCUCUUUCGCCGCUUUUAGCAUUCAGUCAGUUUUGCUGCAUUGUGCUGCUACAGAUUACACAGAGAGAAAAUGGUAACUGUUCUCAACAUCGUUUUGUUCCGUGUGGCAGACUUUUCUUAAGUCUAGAAGAUUUUUCAAAUGGGAAAUAUCUAGUGACAUUUCCAAAGAAACCUAUAGAGCACAUGGAAGAUCUCUUUGCACUUCUUGCAGCAUUGCACAAAACUUGCUUCCAAAUCACAUCACCCAGAUACGCCCUGACUUCAAUGAAGGCAUGGCUCUUAGAACACAUGAAAUGUGAAGUAAUCAAAGAAUUUCCAGAAAUCUGCUUUUGUAAAGGGUUAGAAAGUUUGUAUGGGACACUCUUCCACUGGAAGCAAAGGACAUCAUUUGAAGGGAUCUUAAUAGUCUAUUCCAGGAACCAAACAGUUUUAUUCCAGUGCCUUCAUAAUCUCACCAGAGUUCUCCCUGUAACCUGUUUCUUCAAAAAUCUAAAAUCAGGAAGUGAGGAUUUCCUAAGUGAUUGUUUGGCAUUAACUUUGGAGAAGGAAUUGGUUAUCCUUGGUUCUCUUUCUUCUGCCUUAGCUAAGAUUGAAAACAACGUGGAGCAGAGAUGUGAAGCAAGCAAAGAAAAGAGUGGUGGUGGUCUGGCUGCUUUAUCAGACAGACAAGAAAACAUCCAUCCCUACAGAGAAGAACUUCAGAGAGAAAAGCAAACAUUGGGGACGGACCUAAAACAGCUGAUGGAUGGCAGACCAACACCAACUUCCUGCUCCAAAGUCCUGUGCUUCCUCUUGCUCCAUCACUACUAUGGACAGGAAAAUUUGUCCAUCAUUCCAACUCUACUCAGCCCUAUCUUUUCUUUUCCCUUUAAGGCCACAGCAGCAGUGGGAAUGUAUGUUGGUAUGGAGAAACCGAAAAUCUAAGCAACAUGGACACUGCGCCUAUGCAUAGAGGUCAGCAAUUCUGCCUAGUCUCCCAGAUCUACUAAAGACGUUGUAUGAGUAAGAAAUCGUCUUUUGUCAUGCUACACCACUGAGAAUUUUAGAUUAUUACUGUAGUGCACUCUAACUUAUCCUGUCUAAUACAUCCAAGCUAAUUAGCAAGGACUUUGGAAUUCUUGAACCCCCCCCCAAAUUUCUGGGGUGUUGCUUCUGCCUUGGAAAUCAGGAUAUAUUAAUAUUUCAUAUACAUAUUCAUUCACACUGCUUUUUCAAAUUCUGAUUAGCGCUCAGGUCCUAGAGAGAUGUUCAUCUCUAUAAAACUCCAGUCACUCUGCAGUGAGCACCAAAUGUUCUUACCAUAUACUUGUUGGGACUGUCUGUGAAGGAAUAGUUUUUUAGGCCUUGGAAGUAUAUUUUUGUCUGAAAUGAUUUCUGUUGGCAUUAAAACAUGUCCUGAUUGGUGACAUCCCAAGCUUGAUGACUUU